AUGGACCGGGGCAUUGUGACGCCCGUACUGAUGGACCGGGGCAUUGUGACGCCCGUACUGAUGGACCGGGGCAUUGUGACGCCCGUACUGAUGGACCGGGGCAUUGUGACGCCCGUACUGAUGGACCGGGGCAUUGUGACGCCCGUACUGAUGGACCGGGGCAUUGUGACGCCCGUACUGAUGGACCGGGGCAUUGUGACGCCCGUACUGAUGGACCGGGGCAUUGUGACGCCCGUACUGAUGGACCGGGGCAUUGUGACGCCCGUACUGAUGGACCGGGGCAUUGUGACGCCCGUACUGAUGGACCGGGGCAUUGUGACGCCCGUACUGAUGGACCGGGGCAUUGUGACGCCCGUACUGAUGGACCGGGGCAUUGUGACGCCCGUACUGAUGGACCGGGGCAUUGUGACGCCCACACUGAUGGACCGGGGCAUUGUGACGCCCGUACUGAUGGACCGGGGCAUUGUGACGCCCACACUGAUGGACCGGGGCAUUGUGACGCCCUCACUGAUGGACCGGGCCAUUGUGACGCCCGUACUGAUGGACCGGGGCAUUGUGACGCCCACACUGAUGGACCGGGGUAUUGUGACGCCCUCACUGAUGGACCGGGGCAUUGUGACGCCCGUACUGAUGGACCGGGGCAUUGUGACGCCCACACUGAUGGACCGGGGCAUUGUGACGCCCACACUGAUGGACCGCGCCAUUGUGACGCCCGUACUGAUGGACCGCACCAUUGUGACGCCCACACUGAUGGACCGCGCCAUUGUGACGCCCACACUGAUGGACCGCGCCAUUGUGACGCCCACACUGAUGGACCGGGGCAUUGUGACGCCCGUACUGAUGGACCAUGCCAUUGUGACGCCCGUACUGAUGGACCGGGGCAUUGUGACGCCCACACUGAUGGACCGGGGCAUUGUGACGCCCGUACUGAUGGACCGGGGCAUUGUGACGCCCACACUGAUGGACCGGGGCAUUGUGACGCCCUCACUGAUGGACCGGGCCAUUGUGACGCCCGUACUGAUGGACCGGGGCAUUGUGACGCCCACACUGAUGGACCGGGGCAUUGUGACGCCCUCACUGAUGGACCGGGGCAUUGUGACGCCCGUACUGAUGGACCGGGGCAUUGUGACGCCCACACUGAUGGACCGGGGCAUUGUGACGCCCUCACUGAUGGACCGGGGCAUUGUGACGCCCGUACUGAUGGACCGGGGCAUUGUGACGCCCACACUGAUGGACCGGGGCAUUGUGACGCCCACACUGAUGGACCGCGCCAUUGUGACGCCCGUACUGAUGGACCGCACCAUUGUGACGCCCACACUGAUGGACCGCGCCAUUGUGACGCCCACACUGAUGGACCGCGCCAUUGUGACGCCCACACUGAUGGACCGGGGCAUUGUGACGCCCGUACUGAUGGACCAUGCCAUUGUGACGCCCGUACUGAUGGACCGGGGCAUUGUGACGCCCACACUGAUGGACCGGGGCAUUGUGACGCCCGUACUGAUGGACCGGGGCAUUGUGACGCCCACACUGAUGGACCGGGGCAUUGUGACGCCCUCACUGAUGGACCGGGCCAUUGUGACGCCCGUACUGAUGGACCGGGGCAUUGUGACGCCCACACUGAUGGACCGGGGCAUUGUGACGCCCUCACUGAUGGACCGGGGCAUUGUGACGCCCGUACUGAUGGACCGGGGCAUUGUGACGCCCACACUGAUGGACCGGGGCAUUGUGACGCCCACACUGAUGGACCGCGCCAUUGUGACGCCCGUACUGAUGGACCGCACCAUUGUGACGCCCACACUGAUGGACCGCGCCAUUGUGACGCCCACACUGAUGGACCGCGCCAUUGUGACGCCCACACUGAUGGACCGGGGCAUUGUGACGCCCGUACUGAUGGACCAUGCCAUUGUGACGCCCGUACUGAUGGACCGCGCCAUUGUGACGCCCACACUGAUGGACCGGGCCAUUGUGACGCCCGUACUGAUGGACCGGGGCAUUGUGACGCCCACACUGAUGGACCGGGGCAUUGUGACGCCCGUACUGAUGGACCAUGCCAUUGUGACGCCCGUUCUGAUGGACCGCGCCAUUGUGACGCCCGUUCUGAUGGACCGCACCAUUGGUACGCCCGUACUGAUGGACCGGGGCAUUGUGACGCCCACACUGAUGGACCGGGCCAUUGUGACGCCCGCACUGAUGGACCGGGCCAUUGUGACGCCCACACUGAUGGACCGGGCCAUUGUGACGCCCCCACUGAUGGACCGGGCCAUUGUGACGCCCUCACUGAUGGACCGGGCCAUUGUGACGCCCGUACUGAUGGACCGGGGCAUUGUGACGCCCACACUGAUGGACCGGGCCAUUGUGACGCCCACACUGAUGGACCGGGCCAUUGUGACGCCCCCACUGAUGGACCGGGCCAGGGCUUCCUGCUGGCCCUGA